AUGGAGAUUGAUUACUCCACUUUAAAACGAUCCACACUUAAAGAUCUUCUGGAAGCAAGAGGUAUUUCAGCCAGCAACAAAACAAAGGCAACACUUAUCUCUGAAAUAAUGGCAGAAAUCCGAGCAGAGGAUGAUUCGGUCACUGCACAGAGGGACGAGACAGACGGAACAGAGCAAGCAGAGUUCCAAAGGCAGCUCGUUAUAUUUUUUGGGAGACAGACCUUAUCUUCAUCUUUGAAAAAAAAAUGUCCAGCUAUUCAAGUGAGUCCGGCAACUCUCCUCCAAGGCGACGAGUUCGCUUGGACACGCAUUCGUCAACGGAGGAGAGGUAUUCCGGCCCUGUUCCUACAGCGGGAGAGGAGGAAGUCGGGGGUGGACACCAUGAAUCGUCUAAUCCUACUGUUGCAUCAAGAGGUCGUCAGCAACCAUCCACAAGGCGCCGGGGAGCACGCGGCGGUCGGGGACGGUUCAAGGGCCUCUGCCAGAACGGAUGAGGAGGAAUUAUCUGGUUUCUAUAUAGACAACGAACUCCUCAUCCAUCUGGUGGAGGAACGCGUCCCACUCUGGGACCAUACCGACCGCCGCCAUGCAGACCAUCACCUGACCCGGAGUCUGUGGAUGGAGAUUUGCGGCAAAAUGCUGACGGAUUGGGACGACCUCAGUGAAGGCAAACAGGAAGAUUGCAAGACGGCAGUUAUGGUGCGAUGGCGCUCAAUAAGGGACCGCUAUAAGAAAGACUAUAAUGAGGAGGUCAAUCGCCCGAGUGGGUCUGGCGGAACCCGCCGGCAGCCGUACCGCUAUGCGGCUGCCCUAGGGUUCCUACGUAGAACCCUAGAGCUGCGAAGAACAACUAGCAGUACUCGGGCGCCAGAACCUCCUUCUGAAAGUCAACAAGAGGCGGUCCCUGCUGAGCUGCCACCCGCGGAUCCCUCUCCACCUCGUCCAGCACCUGGUCAGGACCCAAAUCGUCCUCUACUGGUGCCCUCUGGUGACGCAACAAUGGCCGUUAUGGCGCCACUUUUUGAGGCGUUGAUGCGUCGCCAGAGGGCCGGUAGAAGCCGCCAAGCUGAUUAUGAAGACCUCACAAGGCUCUUGUAUGAGACCUUGUGUGGUUACAGCAAUAGGAUUGUAGCCAUCGAGGCCGAGCUGAGAAGUCUGCGCGGGUGUGUGUCGCAGUUUUCUCAGCCGGGCCCGCUACAAACCUAUUGGCCGUCAAUUAUUCAGCUGGUGGCGGACUUCACGCCCGACCAGGUGUUGGAGUUCAGACGUAGGGUGGAGGAUGCGGUAAAAACUAUAGGUCAAAUUCCACAAAGCAGCUCACAAACCGUUGACGCAAUUAUCCAGCUGACCGGAGCAACGGGCUAUUCUUUCCGGUCGCAUAGAAACGUCACUUCCUGCAUUACGUGGAGCGCAGCAGAGACCCUGGAAGUCGCAGUAGAGAGAGACGCUGAGGACGCCGAGGACCACGUGCGCACCAAAGCCAUCUAG